AUGGGAGCGCACGUUAGCAAGAGAUCUGCUGCAGCUACUACCUCUUCUGAUUCACCUGCAAUCACUUUGAAAAACACACAACAAAUCAUCACAGAGCUGAACGCAUAUGAAGCAGCUUGCAGAUCUGAUACCGAUCUGCAAUCGUUUGACGCCAUGCUACAUGCUCGAGCAAACAACGUGAUCAAUACUUUGGCUGUUGGGGUUGAAGUUCGAGCUUUAUCUUUCGAUACUUUGAAAGAAGUUACAGAGUGUUUGUUAGAAAUGAAUCAAGAAGUCGUGAAGGUGAUCUUACAUUGCAAGAAAGAUAUAUGGAAGAAUCAGGAAUUGUUCGAGUUAGUAGAAGAGUACUUCGAGAAUAGUCUUCAAACCCUCGAUUUCUGUUCUGCUUUGGAUAAAUGUUUGAAAAGAGUUCGAGAUAGCCAAUUGUUGAUUCUUGUCGCUUUGCAACAUUUUGAUGACGAUGAAGGCGUCGAAGAGAAUCGAUACGAAAAAACUCUCGAAGAUUUGAAGAAUUUCAAAGACGCUGGUGAUCCAUUUACCGAAGAAUUCUUCAAAAUAUUCCAUUCUGUUUACAAACAACAAAUGGUGAUGCUCGAGAAGCUACAAGCAAAGAAGACAAAGUUAGAUAAAAAGGUGAAGUAUCUUCAAACAUGGAGGAAAGUAUCUUCUGUAAUCUUCGUGGCUACUUUCGCAGCGGUGUUGAUAUGCUCCGUGGUGGCGGCAGCCAUGGCAGCACCACCGGUGGCGGCUGCUUUAGCAGCAGCCACCGCCAUCCCUCUUGGAUCAAUGGGGAAAUGGAUUAACUCCCUUUUGAAAAACUACGAGAACGCCAUUAAAGGGCAAAAGGAGAUUAUCAGUUCAAUGCAAGUUGGGGGUUUUGUCGCAAUUAGGGAUCUUGAUACGAUUCGUGUUCUUGUUGAUAGGCUUCAAAUGGAUAUAGAGGAGAUGAUGAAGAAUGCUGGGCAUGUAAUCGAAGGAGAUGAAAUGGUGAAAAUUGCAAUCGAAGAGAUUAAAUUGAAAUUGAAUUCGUUUAUGAAAAAUGUUGAUGAUUUGGGGAUGCAAGCUGAUAAUUGUAGCAGGGAUGUUAGACGCGCUAGAACUGUUGUUCUUCAAAGGAUCAUUAAACCACCACAGCAUAAUUGA